GACAUUAAGAAAAAUGGCGGACACCCCGCUUAUCGUCCAAUGGUAAUUUAUGCUAUACCAAUAUGACGCUUUGAAAUUUUACGAAAUAUGGAACAUAUGGAGUGUUCCAUAUUGUUUUUCGAACUAAUAAGCCAGCAUCUCAAUCUAUAAAAAUCUGACUGGAUGGAGACAGGAAGAGGUAAUGAAACAAGUGGAGAUGGAAACAUGAAUACAAUUAAUAUGGGCUCGGUUGGGAUGGCUUUACCUGUAACAUCUGGGAUAGAUCCUUCAGUUAAUACAGGAACAAUUUCUGUGCCAUGUAGUGUUGGGGAUGCAGGAACUCAACAACCACAGCACAUUCAGAUACCCGGAACCGCUAUGUCUAUUGGCAGCCUGGCUGUUGCUAUGGGAUUAUCUGGAACUAACACUGACCCUAACAGCUUGACUUUUACCAGUAACGCCCUGGCUACAUUAAGUGCCCGCAUGGGCAUGAGCUCAGUCGCAAGUACAAAUACAGCAGGACUUAUGGCAACUGGUAAUAGUUUACUUACAUUUCCUGGCAAUUUAGUGCCUGGGGUAGGGAUGAACAUCCCAGGCGGAGGGCCUGGUGUCAGUAUUGUCGAUGGGAGUGGUCUUAGUAUGGCUGUGGCUGGAGGCUUAGCAAUGCAGGCAUCAAACGUCAAUGUGGUUGGCGUGCAAACCUCCAGCAACCUCAGUGGAUCACAGCAGCAGCAAGGAAAUCUUCUUCAAAAUAGUGUUCACAUCCAUUCUGGUAGCAACAAUCUAAGUUUGAUGAACAGUGCUUCAGGAAGUCAUUCAGCAGCAUGCUGUGGUGGCUGUAGGACAAGAGUCACUGUCAAGGAUCAAUCUUCACAGACAGAUUUAUCCACUGUAAUACAGAAUCGAACAGUAACUGACCACUAUGUCCAUUACCCCACAGAGAUACCAUCGGAGUUGAGUGUUAAAGCUGAGGAACGACUGGCUAGGAGUGGUUUGAUGCCAGGCGCCCGCCUGAUCUCUCACAGCCCAGGCUCCACUGUAAGUCAUGCUAACCCCAACAGCCACCAUGGACCCAACUACCCAUGUAGCUGUGACUUCUGUGGGAGGAUGUUUGCCAAGAAGGAAUAUCUGCGAAGGCAUGUAAGGAUCCACACAGGGGAAAGACCAUACAAGUGUGUCAUUUGUGGACACAGUUUUAGACGCAGCCAUCACCUUCGUUGUCAUGAAUUGACGCACACAGGCACCAAACCUUACACUUGUGGCAUUUGUGGGAAGGCGUUCAACCUGAGUCAUCACCUGCGACGCCAUGAGAUGACCCACACAGGGGAAAAGCCUUACGCCUGUACAGAGUGUGGCAAGGCCUUCACUCGUAAACAGCACCUGGAUCGUCAUUACAAGACUCACACAGGCGAGUACCACCGCACCUUCAAGUGUCCGUUCUGUGAGAAGAUGUUCUUCCGCGCUCACCACAGAGACAAGCACAUGAAACGCCAUGGUGAGGUAUUGACAACACCAGAUUUGACUGCUGCUACUUUUUCUCCAGUCAACAACAUGAACCUGUCCAUUCGAGCUGACGGAACUUUGCGCGCAGACGGACUCUCUGCCUCACCUAUCAGCGUGGCCAGCAAGGAUGAAUCACAUAGUUCAGAAGACUAUCUAACCUCUGAUGAAGAAGGUAAGAUAGAUAAUCCCAAUAAGCCUAAAGAAGGAAGUAAAAAGAGGAAGGGGACAUCACCAAUGAGGCUAAGGUUCCCGUAUGAUUAUAAUGCAAAAGAAGGCCAUGAGGGGAUGAAAAUGGCCAAUAUGGAUAUGGUAGGGAUGAAGAAUAUGACAUUCCCACUCCCACAGGGGGUGGCUGGCCCCAGUUAUGGGCCAGGCAUGCCGCCACAGAGCAAUACCAUUUUGUCUACACCCACGCGAGGACGGCCUAGGGGAAGCAAGAAUAGGGGUGGGGGAGCGAUUCGGGGUAAGAAAAAGGGUGAAAGGUCACACAUGAUGAAUCAGCAGAAUAUGGAGAUGAAAUCUGAGAGGAUGGAUAUUGAUAGAGAUGGAUAUGGAGUGAUAAAGAAAGACGAUGAUAACAUGGUUGGAGGGGGUGUCUAUGGAGGGAAGACAAUCCCCUCGAUUCCUCAACAGUUUGUCUCGGAAUCUGUCGUUGUGAGGCAUUCAUUGCAGCAGCAGGUCGCCCACGAUAAGGGCAUGUCUGUUAAGCAGGAUGGAUCUACACCUGGCCCAGUGCCAACCCCCACGGCAACCCCCACACCCGAUGGGAGGGGGCAACAACUCCAGUGGCAGCAACAACAGCAGGUGGGCAUGGGCGGGAACGGUGAGUACAUGCCAAACAUGAACCGGCAGCUCCACACACCUGGGCCGACCUCAGGGGUCAACUCUGCCGGGGCCAGCAAUGGAGGAUCUGAUGUCCAGCAGACCAUGCACUACAAGCCCCCAGGCACACCCGAUCAAACCAUUCACCACUCUUGGUCUGCUGUAGGCAACUGGCCUCGCCUCUCAUUGACCUCUGAACCCAUACCUAAUUCCUACAACCAGGCCGAUGCAUCUCGCUUUAUGAAUAUUUACAGUGCUUCUAAAGUUAUGGAGAUGAGGAUGGCAGAUUUGAGGCCACCGCAAAAUUUUGAUAGUCAGUGGAAUAAUCAAGGGCGCAGAGAUCAGGGGCAGGAGAAGGGGGAUAAUAGAAUUUAUACCAUGCAUCAAUAGAGUGCUGUCCCCUCACAAUUUUAAUCUGAUGCAUAACAAAUUAUGUACAGAGCCAUUAAUCUACUUCUGUAUGACUAAUCUUCGUAAGAAUAUAUAUUUUUUUCUCUUUUUACAUUUGUUUUAUUGUAUACAUUUUAAUCUAAUGAUGGAUACUGGACACUGUUUUACAUGUUGAUCAUGGUAUGCUAAAGUAAGCCAUUUACUGUUUAUUGGGAAAGUGCCUUUAGCACUGAGGAGAUUUAAAAGGGGCUAAGGGUGGAACUCCCAUUAGACUACUUGGAGCUGUGGGCAGAGUUGUAUGACUUGAAGGUGAGAAUUUUUUUGUUUCUGAGUGAUAUUAGUUUACCUAUGUGGCUAGGUGUCAACAGAGCACCUCACCUGUUGCUAUGGUUAUACUUCUGUAAGAUGAGUGUAAAAUACAGAGUGGUUUAUUGUCAACUUUUUUUUUUAAGGUUUUAAGUUUGAAUUGUGGAUUUGAUUUUCUGGGUGAUAUUAGUUUUUAAUGUGGGACUAGGUGAAAAACAGAUCAACUGUUUGAAAGAUUACAUUAGUGAGGGGUGAAAGGAGACAGUAUGUUCAUUAUUGUUUGACGAUUAUCGUCAACCGUUUAUUUCUUAAAAGUUUUAAGAAUCACAAAGUGAGAACAAGUUGACAAGUUUUAAUCAAUUAUUUUUAUCAUGUCACAGAUCUGAAUUCAUGUAUUCUUUUUUUUUUUUUAAAUUGUGAAUGUUGAGUAAAAUAUGGGGGGCAAUUUUUCACCAUCUCUAAUUCAUGUUAUAGCUACUUCCAUAGGCCAUUAUAGAGGGUGAGUCUUGUGUUGCACAAGUCAACAGCUCUGUAAAUAUAAGAUUGUUGUGGCAUUUGUAGAAAGCUUAGUGGAUUUGUGUUAACUCUGUCUUCCCUCAAGCAUCCAGAAAGUAAUCUUGGGUCCAAACCUAUCCUGUGUGGGAGCUGUUUGUCUUGUUUUUAACUCUCCAGGCUCACAUAACAGCAAGUAUUGAUAAAAAAAAUUGUAUUGUCAAAAAGACCAACUGAUAGUUUGGAUGAAAUCUCAUAGAUUUUUAUAUACACAUAAUUUUAUUGUACAAAUGUGCCAUUGUAUUUUUAUUUGAUGGAGAAAUCUUUCAAAUUUACAAAGCAAACUUUGCUGUUAUUUGAAUGGAAUGAGACAUAUUGGAUAGUCACUAUAAAGAUUGUAUAUAUUGAAAUCAUUGAAAACUCAUUAAAGGGACAUUAUAAUGGAUGUUUAUUGCUACACACAACUUGUAGAACAAAUUUUUUUGUAAACCACACCAAGUUGAUGCAUGAUUCACUAACUAAAUGCAUAUCUACUUAUUUUAGCAUUGUUCAGUGAUAACCUUUUUUUUUUUUUUGUAAAUAGAAAUUCUUUUAAUCAUUCUUGUCUUACUCAAAAGUUUAUCAUGCAAACGCUUAUAUUUAGAAUACAUUUUCUAUUAUGUUUUCAUAGUAUGUAUAAGGCAUCUUUAUGGGUCUAAUAAAGCUGCCCAUGUUUUAUUACCUUUUUAGGCGUGUGCCCUAUUUCCCCCAAUAUAAAAUAAUAGCUAUUUUGAUAGAUCACAUCAAGGCUUACUGUUGGGAUAUCUUUAUGGGUCAUUUAUUCUAAAUAAAUUCUUAAAUGGGCCAUAUUAAUGCCCUUUACAACCGCAGUUUUUAUGGAUCAUAUGAAGGAGUUCCCUGGUAAUCUUUAUGGAUCAUUUAAAGGUGCCCUCUCCUAUUGUCAUUGUGCUAUACAGAAAUACUUGUACACAAUAAAUAUUAUGAACAUU